AUGGUCGGCGGCAACCUCAAGAACAUGGUCGUCGCCUUCCUCGUCCCGCUCCCCUCCAUCCUCUUCUACCUUUCCUUCGUCCGCGACGGCGGGGACACCGGCGCCAGCCCGCUCUCCUCGUGGUGCGCCGCGCACCCUCUGCUCCUCGCCAACAUCCUCUUCUUCCUCAACGUCGACGUCCUCUUCUGGCUCGUCGGCCUCCUCCUCUCCAACCACUGGCUCAUUGACCUGUACUGGACCGUCAUCCCUGUGAUGCUGCUGCACUACUACCGCGGCCACCCUGCGUCUGUGGUGGACGCUGUGAGGUCGGCGGUGGCCGUGGGGCUCACCUGGGUGUGGGGCGCCAGGCUCACGCACAACUACCUCAGGCGGGAGGGGUGGGAGUUUGGCAAGAGGGAGGACUGGAGGUUCAACGAGAUGCGUGGCCAGUACGGCAAGACCUGGUGGUGGAUGUCAUUCUUUGCCGUCUACUUCUCCCAGCAGGUGUUCCUGAUCGGCAUCUGCCUGCCCAUGUACGCCAUCCACUCCAGCAACCAGCCAUGGGGCAUCUGGGACCUCGUGGCCACAGCCGCCUGCAUUGCUGGAAUUGUCAUUGCUCACUUUGCCGACACCCAGCUGCACAAGUUCGUCACCAGGUAUGAGAAGCUGAAGCAGUUGGGUGAGCCAACCGUCCCAACUCUUGAGGAUGGCCUGUGGCGAUACUCGCGCCACCCCAACUACUUUGGCGAGCAGCUCUGGUGGUGGGGCUUGUACCUCUUUGCCUGGAACCUGGGCCAGCGAUGGAUGUUCGUCGGGCCUCUUGUCAAUAGCCUGUGCCUUGGCUACGUCACGGUGCUGGUUGAGCGUCGCAUGCUGAAGCAGGAGCACCGUGCUGAGGCGUACAAGCUGUACCAGAAGAGGACAUCGGUGUGGAUCCCUUGGUUCAGGAAGGCCGUCCCUGAAUCGAAGCUGAAGGAGACCUAA